CACAUCACCACUCUCAGCACAUCUUCCUGUUUCUUUACCAUUGGUCUACUGUUCAGAUUCUUUGGAUCAGACUAUCAGACAAAAACCCCUUUUACUCUGCCGCGAUGUCACUCACGUGGCCUUGGCACUUUGUGACCGUCUCGCCAGCUGAGAAACAACAACGCCGAGAGCUUCUAGAUAUCCGAGGAUACUACGCUCAAGGCUCUGUGCUGCUGGUCAUUGCCAUUGUUCGGCUAUAUCAUGUCUACUCCGAACGUACCAAGGGCGCAGUGAAGCCCAACAAUAGGCGCGCUCGUAAGCCAAAAUCCUGGAUGGAUUCGCCGCCCUUCGCAGGGUGGACCGAAACACGAAAACAACAUAUCGUCUCUCUCCUCUGGUUAGUAUGGCUGGUGAGCCUCUCGAUCUGGAAUACAGGGGAUGAUUAUCUGCAUUUCACCAAAGCGUUAGGCCAUGUUGCUCUCUCGCAGCUCCCCUUUCAGGUGCUUAUGUCUCCUGCUCUAUACAUAGCUCCUUCAAAACCAGGAGCUCCAUCGCCUCUAUCGGUUUUGACUGCAAUCCCCCAGCCAGCAUUGACACCCUAUCAUCGGCUUCUGGGCCGAACGGUCCUGUCGCCGUUGCUUGCGGGACAUGCCGUUUUGUAUUUGUCUUUCUUUAUACAGUCCAGCCAUCCCGACUUUGGCUCGCUCCUUGCGAAGCGCAUCCAGGAUUCUGAUGUUCAAUGGGGUCUCGGUGGAAUCACCAUGGUGACAAUCCUGAUGGUGUUUACACGACCGUUGAGCGCGUCUCGCGGGAUGUGGUCCUGGACUACUGCCCCGAUCAAAACUAAAAGACAAGUUUUCUACAUCACGCAUGUGUUGUUGGUGGGGAUUUUGUGUUUUGCCGCCUACUUCCAUGUUCCUCAGGCCCAGCCUUUUGUUUUAGAGGCCUUGCUGGGGUUCGGAAUCAAUGUCGCAUGUGGUUGGACGGUGAAACGAUAGGGGCUGACGGGGUUUUGGGCAGAUUUGAAAGACGUGUCACAAACUGGUCGCGUUUGCUUUCCCGAUCGAUAGAAGACGCUGAGAUUUCAUUCCUUCUGAUUAAUCCCUCGUAUAGAGUUUUCCCAUGUGCGCAGUGGCCGGAAUGGUCCGCCGUUCGCCCAGGGAUUGAUUUAUGCGCUCGGUCCUUCCACUCCUUGCUGUUUGGCAAU